GAACCAGUAGCGACCAUGGCUUCCCAAACACUCCUGGGCGUCCUGACGGUGGCGAUGAUGGGGGUUGUCUCCCAAGCAGCGCCUCCGCACCUUAACGGCUCGCACCCCUUCGUCAUCGAGCCUCGCGUCAACGGCUCGCUCCCCUUCGUCAUUCAGCCUCGCGUCAACUUCGACGACACGUGUAGGUGUGGGCAGAAGGCUGCCUCCAGGAUCGUGGGCGGGGUGACCACGGGCGUGAACGAGUGGCCGUGGCAAGCGGCGCUCAUGUACGGCUCGCAGCAGUUCUGCGGCGGAUCCCUCAUCAACGACCGAUACGUCCUCACCGCCGCCCAUUGCACCGAAAGCAUGAGAGCGUCUGACCUGACCAUCCGUCUGGCCGAACACAGGCUGAGCACUUCCUCAGAGACCAGUGUUGUGAGCAGGUCCGUGUCUCAGAUCAUCGAGCAUCCGGACUAUCAGCCGGGUAACGAGAUUAACGACAUCGCUCUCAUCAAACUGUCGUCGCCAGUCCAGGUGAGCGACACAGUGUUGCCAGUGUGCAUGCCGCCACCCAACCCCACAUACGCCGGCAAGACAGCCACUGUCACAGGUUGGGGAACCACCAGCUCCGGAGGCUCGUCUUCAGACACACUCAGGGAAGUGGACGUCACGGUGGUGUCCAACACCGCGUGUCAGUCCAACAGUUACGGAAGCGCCAUUAAGGACACCAUGUUGUGCGCCGGAAGCACAGGCAAGGACUCGUGCCAGGGAGACUCCGGCGGCCCUCUGGUGUUCAAGGACGGAGGCGGAAACUACGACCAGAUCGGCGUGGUGAGCUGGGGCUAUGGGUGCGGAGCCCGAGGCUACCCCGGCGUGUACACCCGCGUCAACAGCUACCUCGACUGGAUCAAAGCCAACACAGGAGAUGGUGUUUACUGCAGAGGAAUGCGUCUAGGGCCGCCGGAGUCUCCCUGGCACGAGUCCUUGCCUGUGCUUCCGGCGCACAACAUGGUGUCCUUAAUGGCGCUUCCCACCCGUGUUCGUGUACUGACCGUGACGUCCACUUCCCUGAGUGUGUCUGAAGACGAGCCUCCGGAGCUGGUGGUUCCCCAACCUGUGACAGUGGCUGUCUUGCCGGCUGAAAUGGCUCACCUGGACUGGCGACGACAGUUUGAUGAGAGCGAUGUCGUUAAUCUCGUUACCCGGCUGAUAGUCCGGAUGCUCGAUGAUCUGAGACACGGACCUGCUCACAACACUGAGAAGAUAAGAUUUGAAAAAGUCUUCCUUCGUCCUUGGUCACUCGCUCAGUUGCUUCCCUCCCACUCCCUUACUCACUUCGGUGCAAUGGGCGGCGGUGAGGACGUAUCGGUCGUUGAUGAGGGAUCCGCCGCAGAACUGCUGCGAGCUGUACAUGAGCGCCGCUUGCCACGGCCACUCGUUCACGCCCGUGGUCACCCCGCCCACGAUCCUGGAGGCGGCCUUCUGCCACACCUACACGUGUCGUCGAAGUUGACGCGAGGCUCGACUGGAAUUGAGACAUGCCUUGGACAUUUUCAAAGCAAAAUACAGUUGGAAAAAAUGUCAAAGUCGAGAGCGAACAACAAACUCGUUUCCCAAAACAUCUAUGUCAAAGAGACACCCAACACUGGCAACCAAAGAGACUUACUGACGAAGGGGAGCGAGCCGUUGAGGUGCGGAGGCGCUGCUUGGGAGACAGCCCCCAUCAUCGCCACCGUCAGGACAGCCAGGAGUACGGAAGAAGAGCCAGUAGCGACCAUGGCAUCCCAAACACUCCUGAGUGUCCUGACGGUGGCGAUGAUGGGGGCUGUCUCCCAAGCAGCGCCUCCGCACCUCAACGGCUCGCUCCCCUUCGUCAUCGAGCCUCGCGUCAACUUCGACGACACGUGUAGGUGUGGGCAGAAGGCCGCCUCCAGGAUCGUGGGCGGGGUGACCACGGGCGUGAACGAGUGGCCGUGGCAAGCGGCGCUCAUGUACGGCUCGCAGCAGUUCUGCGGCGGAUCCCUCAUCAACGACCGAUACGUCCUCACCGCCGCCCAUUGCACCGAAAGCAUGAGAGCGUCUGACCUGACCAUCCGUCUGGCCGAACACAGGCUGAGCACUUCCUCAGAGACCAGUGUUGUGAGCAGGUCCGUGUCUCAGAUCAUCGAGCAUCCGGACUAUCAGCCGGGUAACGAGAUUAACGACAUCGCUCUCAUCAAACUGUCGUCGCCAGUCCAGGUGAGCGACACAGUGUUGCCAGUGUGCAUGCCGCCACCCAACCCCACAUACGCCGGCAAGACAGCCACUGUCACAGGUUGGGGAACCACCAGCUCCGGAGGCUCGUCUUCAGACACACUCAGGGAAGUGGACGUCACGGUGGUGCCCAACACCGCGUGUCAGUCCAACAGUUACGGAAGCGCCAUUAAGGACACCAUGUUGUGCGCCGGAAGCACAGGCAAGGACUCGUGCCAGGGAGACUCCGGCGGCCCUCUGGUGUUCAAGGACGGAGGCGGAAACUACGACCAGAUCGGCGUGGUGAGCUGGGGCUAUGGGUGCGGAGCCCGAGGCUACCCCGGCGUGUACACCCGCGUCAACAGCUACCUCGACUGGAUCAAAGCCAACACAGGAGAUGGUGUUUACUGCAGAGGAAUGCGUCUGUAGUCUUGCCACUCCUACUCUGCCACGACCGCCAGUCCGGGUCGUGAGGAAGAAAGCGAACCGUCGAUAACACUUCACCAUCGAGCAUGAAUGAAAGCCAAAUCAUGCACUAGACACUGAUUAAAGACAAUAAAGAAGUUUCAGAAUAAACAACA